CUUCUUCUUCUGCUGCUGCUGCUGCUGCUGCUGCUUUUACGCACAGACUCUUGGAUCUAGAGUCAGCAGCAGGAGAAUCACGCAGGAAGCCGCGCCGUGGAUCCGUGGACGCGCCUUCGCGGCUCGAGCUGGAGAUGGAGAUGCUGCUGUUUGUGAUUCAUUCUCUGUGGAUUUUUCAGUGGAACACAGUCACGGUGCGCGCGGACUCCAUCAUUCACAUCGGUGCGAUAUUUGAGGAGAACGCCGUGCGGGACGAUGAAGUUUUCCAGCUCGCUGUGUCUGACCUCAGUCUGAGUGACGACGUCCUGCAGAGCGAGAAGAUCACGCACUCUAUUAAACUCAUCGAGCCCAACAACCCUUUCCAGGCCGUGCAGGAAGGUAUCGACCCUCUUAUCGCUGGAGGUGGUGCUGUGCUCAGUGUCCUCUCUCUGAGGGCCGCGCUAGUCUUUGAUGCUGUAACACUCAGCUUCUUCUUGUCCUUCCUCUGA